CAGGGGGAUUCUUCACAUAAAAUUUUAAGAACUGCUAGGAGAGUUUGGGUGAAAAACCUCAGUUUUGAUGCAGGGUUAAUAUUUUCCUUUGGGACAGACUUCACUAAAAUUCCGAAGAGUAAGCCGUAUGUCCUUAGCAGAUGGGAAUGAAACAGCUUUCUGACUGGAACCUGUCUCUUUUUGGUGCAAGCUUUAUUUGGAAAUUGAGGGUUCUGCUAAGCAAGUGCUCUGCUGCUGGUGACUGACAGCUUGCACACUGUCACUGUUGCUUUCCAUCAUGGAGCCAGGCAUUUGCACCGCCGGCCACGGUGGGGCGCACGCGACGCGUGGUGCCCUCUUAUCCCUUCUUUCCUCGUCCACCUUUUCGCUCUUAAGACCAGUCCCUGGGAGUUUCUGCCUUUGGUCUCCAGUUGUUGCUCUCGUCUCGCGAGAACUGCUCACCCAUCCUCUCCCCCACACAACCCCUCCUCCUGUGGGCAGGUUCCAUAUUGGGUAAAGUCUCGGCUCUCGGAGAGUCCCGGGAACUGUAAUCGCGAGAGUACAGCGGCAGGCUCCUGCUCGCUGACUCUGGAACCCCGACCACUGGAGCCUCAGCGGUCGCAGCAGCUGGAGCUAGAGUCCGGCGAAGCGCCCCGGAAUCGGCCUGGUGGAGAGAGGGUGCAGGGAGGUCGCGGCGGUCGUAGCUUUGAGCCCCGGAGCGCGCCCCUGCUCUUAGCCGCCUCACCCCCAUCACUGAGGCUCGCCCAGCAGCUGCAGCUGACAGGGGCCGAGCGCGCGGGAGUCUGUGGGGUCGCGGCAGCCGCACCUGCGCGGGCGACCAGCGCUAGGUCCCCGCCCAACCGGGCGGGCAACUAGGGCCGGGAACGGGUGCGGGUGCAGGCGGGGGCCCCUCAGGGCCACCUUCUUGCCCCGCAGCUGCCGCUGGAAAAUGUCUCAGGAGAGGCCCACGUUCUACCGGCAGGAGCUGAACAAGACAAUCUGGGAGGUGCCCGAACGUUAUCAGAAUCUGUCUCCGGUGGGCUCCGGAGCCUAUGGCUCGGUGUGUGCUGCUUUUGACACAAAAACUGGGUUACGUGUAGCAGUGAAGAAGCUAUCAAGACCAUUUCAGUCCAUCAUUCAUGCCAAAAGAACCUACAGAGAACUGCGGUUACUUAAACAUAUGAAACAUGAAAAUGUGAUUGGUCUUCUGGAUGUUUUUACACCUGCACGGUCUCUGGAGGAAUUCAAUGAUGUGUAUCUGGUGACCCAUCUCAUGGGGGCAGAUCUGAACAACAUUGUGAAAUGUCAGAAGCUUACAGAUGACCAUGUUCAGUUCCUUAUCUACCAAAUUCUGCGAGGUCUAAAGUACAUACAUUCAGCUGAUAUAAUUCACAGGGACCUAAAACCCAGUAAUCUAGCUGUGAAUGAAGACUGUGAGCUGAAGAUCCUGGACUUUGGACUGGCUCGGCAUACAGAUGAUGAAAUGACGGGCUAUGUGGCCACUAGGUGGUACAGGGCUCCUGAGAUCAUGCUGAACUGGAUGCAUUACAACCAGACAGUUGAUAUUUGGUCAGUGGGAUGCAUAAUGGCUGAGCUGUUGACUGGAAGAACAUUGUUUCCUGGUACAGACCAUAUUAACCAGCUUCAGCAGAUUAUGCGUCUGACGGGGACACCCCCUGCUUAUCUCAUUAACAGGAUGCCAAGCCAUGAGGCAAGAAACUAUAUUCAGUCUUUGACUCAGAUGCCGAAGAUGAACUUUGCAAAUGUAUUUAUUGGUGCCAACCCUUUGGCUGUUGACUUGCUGGAGAAGAUGCUUGUAUUGGACUCAGAUAAGAGAAUUACAGCAGCCCAAGCCCUUGCACAUGCCUACUUUGCUCAGUACCAUGAUCCUGAUGAUGAGCCAGUGGCCGACCCUUAUGAUCAGUCCUUUGAAAGCAGGGACCUUCUCAUAGAUGAGUGGAAAAGCCUGACCUAUGACGAAGUCAUCAGUUUCGUGCCACCACCCCUCGACCAAGAAGAAAUGGAGUCCUGAACACCUGGUUUCUGUUCUGUUGAUCCCAUUUCACUGUGAGGGGAAGGCCUUUUCAUAGGAACUCUCCAAAUAUCAUUCAAGUGCCUCUUGUUACGAAGAUUUCCUUCAUGGUGGAAGAGGGGUGUGUGUGUGUGUGUGUGUGUGUGUGUGUGUGUAUGUGUUAGUGUAUGUACAUGUGUGUAUCUGUCUUUGUGGGAAGGUGAGAGAAUAUGAGUAAACUAUGAUCACAGUGACUUUACAUGGAAUUGCAGAUGCUCCUUGGCAGCCUCCACUUGUUCUUCAUUUUGAGACUCAGCUCAGGCAGAUAAGAGCUGCCUUGUUAGGAAAAUGUUAAAUGCAAAGUAAAAAAAUAUUGAACGUUCCCUAUUUCAGUCAUGCUUUGCCACUUUGGCUUCUGUGACCCCCACCUUGACAGUGGGAGUAGGCUUGCCCACAUCCCACAGUGGCAGAGAGAAGGCUCACACUUUCUGGUUGCUUCACACCCUCAGCAGUGCAUACAGCCAAGACCAACUGGCCUCUGCACUAACCUAUGUUAACUUGCCUAAUACAGUUCUCAGAACUUGACAGGUAUAUUUGAAAUUGUAAAUAUGUUUGUGCCUUAAAAGGAGAGAAGAAAAUGUAGAUAGUUAAAAGAUUACAGCUGCUGAAGUUCUGAGCCAGGGCUGUUGAACGGCUGCUGUGGGCCCCGAGUAGCUGGGCAGCCAUGUGUGCGCAUGCCUCUGUGUGCAUCUCCCUCUCCUCACCCCCAGCUGAUGUUGCCAUUUCUCUGCUUACCUCUCACCUUCAGUGCAGAGUUUCAUGAGUAUUGGCCCUAAUGGUCAGAAGCAGGUCCUUGCUGCCAAUGUGCAUCCUAUGUGCUCUUUAUUUCUAGCAGAGUGAGGAUGUGUUCUGCACGUCUUGCUAUUUGAGCAUGCACAGCUGCCUGUCCUGUUCUCUUCGGGAGGCCCUGGUGCCAGGCAAGUUUGCCAGUGAAGACUUCUUGGAUAGUUCAGAUCCUGUGUCACCUCAGCUGAUGUUAUGGGCAAGUGGCAUCAUCCUCUCUUUAGCCCCCAGUGCUAUUUUGUGUUGAACACAAUUGAUAUUCCAGGUGCUUUUGAAGUGAAAACCCAUGAAAAAUGGAACAGAUGGAUGUACAGUGUUUUCAUUCUUGCCAUCUUCCAACAAACUGUUUUAGGGUAGCUAUCAGGGGAAAGAUCAGGGCUUUUCCUUAAGAAUAUCCCAAACUUUGGAAAACAAGUUAUUCUCUGUUCUCCCACUAAUCAGUGCUAAGGAAAUACUGAAAAUAAAAGUAAAAAAUAAACAUGGGAAGCCAGAAACUCCUUUUGCUAUCUUUCUCUACAUGUAGUUAUGUAAAGGAAAAAAAAAUAGAAAUGAGGUAUCAUUUCCACUCCUCUUGGCAGCUUAACAUUGACUUCUUGGUUUGGGGAGAAAUAAAUUUUGUUUCAGAAUCUUAUAUAGUGUAGGAAUCCUUUUGAGAAUGUGAUUCCUUUUGAUGGGGAGAAAGGGCAAAUUAUUUUAAUAUUUUGUAUUUUCAAUUUUGUAAAGGUGAAAUAUCCUCAGGGGUGGAGAAGAGUUGUUUUCAUAAUUUUCUGAAUUUUAGGUAUUUAGUGCUACAUGAGGGCCCACGUAUUUAAGUCUUUUGUGUCAUAAGAAAGUGUAAAGCCGCUUCCAGUGUUGGCUGUGUGACAAAAUCUUGUAUUUGAGCCAAGAUGUUUCCAUUUCUUUAUCAGUGCGGUGAUGCAUGCACUCCAGAAGGCCAGGGUAGGACCCCUGAAUCAACUGGAGCAAGAAGGAAGGAAGCAGGCUGAGGGUGAUAGCACAUCACUGGGGAUUCUCCCCUCUUUCAAGGAAAGUGAAUGUAAAGGCCUCAUCUUCUUUAUAUGCACUUCAAAUCCUCACCAUCCAGAGCAAGAUGACUUUUAUCAGCCAUGUGUGGUUGUCAAUGCUAGUGUGGUUUUCUAUAGAAAUACUGCUCUGAAUAUUUUUAAUAAAGGUCUUUGCACAUGUGGCCACAUACGUGUUAGGAGACUGCCUGCUCCAGGAGCCUGGACUCUAAACUGGGGCUCUUGGAAGAGCUCUUUGGUUUCUGAGCAUAAUGCUCCCAUCUCCUGACUUCUCUGAACAGAAAACAAAGGAGAGAAUGAGGGAAACUGCUAUUUUAUUUGUAUUCAUGAACUUGGCUGUCAUCGGUUAUGCCAUAUAGGAUGUCAGACAAUACCACUGGUUAAAAUAAAGCCUAUUUUUCAAAUUUA